ACUGACAGCACUCUCAACCAAUUGGAAUAACCUUUAGACAAGCCCACUCUUCUGACCUGCAGAGAGCCAUACUUGAAGUUUUCUACCCAGAUUUCUCCACAUAUUUAUCCUCCAUCAUGGAGGCUCUCGGGGGAUACCCCACCAAAUCAUCUGCUUCUAGAGCAGGACUGAUCAAGGUCUUGCUGAGUGUGGCCGUGUGCAUGGGUUCACUCUACCUACUGCAGAGUAAACUGGCAAAAUCGCGAAAAGUCAAAGAUUUCUACUCGUAUGAAGUGAAGGACGCGAGAGGCAGGACCGUCUCACUGGAGAAGUAUCGAGGGAAAGUCUCUCUGGUUGUAAACGUGGCGAGUGGAAGCGAGUUAACGGAGCAGAAUUACCGGGCUCUGCAGGAGCUUCACCGAGAGCUCGGCACGUCUCAUUUUAACGUGCUCGCCUUUCCCUGCUCGCAAUACGGUGACACAGAAUCAGGUACCAGUCGAGAAAUCGAGGCUUUUGCCAAAUCCAACUACGGUGUGACGUUCCCCAUCUUCGCCAAGAUCAAAAUAAUGGGGUCUGAGGCGGAGCCCGCAUUCAGAUUCAUCACAAAUUCAGUACAGAGAAUCCCGAAAUGGAACUUCUGGAAGUAUCUUGUGAGUCCUGAGGGCCAGGUGGUGCGUUUCUGGAAGCCUGAGGAGCCCAUAGAUGACAUCCGAAAGGAAGCCACAGCGCAUGUGCGGAAUAUCAUAUUGAAGAAGAGACAGGAACUAUGAUGUGCACAAACUCCCUCAGAGACUCAAAAGUGAAUCGUUGUGCACGUUUAAGUGCGUAUAGGUCCUCUGUGUUAUUUUGGUAAAUGUGAAUGAAAUUGGCAGAAGAUGUGUCAGUUAAGGCCUGUCUUUGUGUGCUUGUUUGUAUGUGUUAAUGUUGAUAAUAAUUUGGAGUUUUGUGAAAGGAAGUAUGAUUUUGAAAAACAAAGUACCUUUUAAAAUGUCUUUUUACAAUCAAGCUGGAAUAUUUAGAGAUGCAACCAUGCAAAUGUUUCAAACCACUUUUCUGGCAUGUGACAAGAAGACCACUGUAUAUGUUGCUCUUUUGGAUUAAACAGAAAGUAUUGCAGAUUAAUACAAGUCAUGUUUACUCAAAAUUUCAACAUUUUUUCUAUCGUCUCUGUUUAUGAAAUAUGUUGUUGAAUAAAAGUCAUGAACAAUG